ACACGAAGCUGAAGCUUGCAACGUUCUUUGGUCCGUUUGGAUAUUGCCUUUGGUGAAUUGUGUAGGCUCUUUUUAGUGUUUGUAGAGGGAUUUUACUGAGUGAGUUGGGUUCUGAGUAAACUCUGGAACGAGGACUAUGAUCGGGCGCCCUGGACACCUCCAGAGGCCGCCGCUGGUUGAGGGAAGUUCUCGAACGAACAGCAUGCAGCCGCCAUCACCAGCGAGAACCCCGACCACACCUCGCUUGAGGAAGGCCUCAUCGUCCUACUGUGAUGUCGCUAGGAAAGUAACGGACAGUCUCAAGUCGGCGAGCAGUGAGGAGGAUCGGGCUGCAGUGUACAAUGUCAUAUACGAGUAUCUUCGUUUCUCCGACAGUAACAGUGCAGUGUCGCUAUGGCAAUCGUUGCCGUCAGCGACUCUAGUGAGCUUGCUGAUUGAUGACAUCAUGGCAAGCACUAACGUUGUCGCCUUGGCAACGUGCAAUGUGUUCAACCACCUGGUUCGUCAUGCGGUGAUUGCAAAGUCAUUCGCGGAUGCUGCUGAGCUGCUGGUGGAGCUGUGCCGUGGUGCUUUGCGGCGCAGUGACAAGCCUCUGUAUCCCAUCUGUAUGUCAUGUGUGGUACAUCAGAAGAUUGACAGUGUGCUCAUGGAAAGCAAGGUGCGUACUAUCGUUGAUCUCUGGCAUGAUCUGAUGGCUUCUCCAAGCCCAUCUUCUGUCAUGCUUAUGGAAGGUCUGAAUGCUCUACAGAGGUUGCAGACUGACUUCCCGGCUGUUUUAGACAGCAAGCUGCUCCACUGGUCGCAUGUCGUGUAUCCAUUGCUAGCUAACUCUACGCCCAAGGUUCGUAGCAAGGCCCUCGAUGUGCUUGUUGGCAAGAAGGAACAGCUCAAAGCGCUCGGUGGCAGCUUUCUUGUGCGCUUUGCUCCUGACUUCAAGAAGACGUUGAACGCUCAGCUCCUCGCGCUGAUGAAUACCGGCUGCGAGGUAUUCGUGUUGGACGUGUGGGCAUUUGUUGUGGAGUUACUUGGCAAGGCUCUUCACCAGGGACCAUUCAUCAAUGAAACACUGAAAGUAGCACAGCUGGCAUUCCGCAAGCAAUCCUCCCCGGACAUACAGAUUGCAACGUUCAAGGCUUGGCAAAGUCUGAUAGCUAACUUUGAGACGGACCCGGCUGUACUCGCUGUGCCCAAGCGUCUCUCGCUGAUACUCAAACCUCUGCAGGCUAACCUCUCCCCUGUACCUAGUCCUGGUGUCGAUGAAGCCCGUGCAAGGUGCUGGUGGAGGCUAGUGGCAGCACUCGGUGAUAAAGUGGCCGCCAACUUUGUCGAGGUUUGCAUUCCAAUGCUUGGGUUCUGUCUCACCCCUCAAGUAGUACCAGACAGUGACAGCUCUGGGUUGGCUACAUCAUCAGACUCGUCACUACACAUUGCUCGCUGCCCCAUGCUGGGAUGUCAGAUGGUCGCGUCCUUCUUGAACACAAAGAUGCCGCCACACAGCACUCCCAAGCAGAUAGACACCCUAGCUAAUGCGGCGUUGUCAACAGAAGCACUGGCGUCUGCUCUGCCGGCGCUUGCUAACAGUAUCUGCUCUCUAGCUCGCUGCACCGGGGAUCACCAUUGUACGUCACCGACUACUGGGAAGAAUGGCCCGCCUACGCAGGAAAUUGUACCUGCCUCAUGGCUGCAGUGUGUAAUGCUAUCGUACGGUAAUCACCUAAAGUCGCUCUUGCCGGCGAAUGACGACCUCAGUCGUGAUACAGUCCAGGCUAGGACCAAGACACUGGUAAAGGUGUUGGAGACCCUCGCCAGUGGCCUGCGUUCCAUGGUGAAACUAGAGAAGCCGCCGUCUCUGCCUCUUCGCCUAUUACUGCAGACAAUGCUGUCGCUGCCGGAAUCCACCCUGCUGACUGGAAAGUGCGUGGAAGCAUUGCAGCACUGCGAUGAGCAGUCCUCUACAACCAUGGUGCCGGUUAUUCUGUUCUUGGCCGAUGCCUGGUUUUCUCCAGCGUUCUACACUGGCAAUCUAAACACUGAGCGCUACAUCAUACUGUACGAGAUGGUGGUCCGCGUCGGUAUGCAGUGCAUGGAUGUGCUGCAAUUCGUGCAGUCCAUCAUCAGCCUGCUUGUCAAGCGAUUCCGUGACUUAAGUGCAAUCACCGAGCUUCCCUGGCGUUUGUGGAGUGUUCUCGCCAAUCGUCUCCACCGUUACCUUGUUCAGGAGCAAAAGGUUGCCCAGGGUUCCCGCCUGGCACCACACUUCACCGCUGUUCACCAGACAUUGUUGUUUGGAGUUAAUCAUAUCCUUCAGCUUUCUAUCACACAGUCCACCCAGCGUGACCUGGUGAAAACUUGGGUGGAUGUGUACCGGGCAUUCACCAGUGCUGCUACUCUCAAUGAAGAUAUUGAGCCUAAUGAAUGCCUGCAAGGCCUGUGUGAUGAGAUGGCUGUUGACAAGCUUUCUACCAGCGGUGUAUUACCCCUGGCUCAGCUCAUCGACGCUGUCGUCGAGGGCGCAGACUUCUCCGCCUCGCCGAAAGUGGUCAAGAACAUAUCGUCGUCGCCGUUUAAGAGGAGUCCUGGCCAGCAACCAUCCGUCAGUAAUCUCCUGCCGCUCUUCAAUCUGCUGAAACGCGUUUCCGACGCUGUAUACGGCUAUCUAAUUGGGCAGACUGGUGGUGGCAAGACAGCCCCCGGCUUUGGUUCUCUGAGAUCUUCGGGAUCGUUGUUGACGUCGGCUCCAGCGUCAGCUGCUCAGCUGAUGUCCACGCUGACCAGAGUGUUCUCUCAGCUGUCCACUGUCAAGCAGAUCUCGACAUUGCUCAGUCUCCUGUCACCAUCCAUCGCUCUCUUCCUGUCGGCAACGGACAGCAAGCAGGGAUGUGUGAAGACAACUUUCCCAAGUGGUUUUAUUGCCAAGCUGGAAAAGCUGUGGACCAGUCUGAUGACGUGUGUUCAGAGUCGUUACAACCAGCCGUUCACCUCGGAGCUGCUUGCUGCAAUGUCACCAGCUGUGGCGUCUGCAAUCGACCACACCAAUCGUGCAGUGCGCACGCGUACGCUGGUGUUCUGGAACGCCACGUUUGCCACGGCCACCGUUCUUGAAUACCCUGCUGUGCUAAGAACUACACUGGCGCAAGUCAAGAAGAAGUCUCCAAUCACUCUGCCAGGGUGGUUAGAUGAGCAGGGUUUCGGUGUAAGCGAAGCAUUCACUGAGCUAAACACGGAAGAGUCUGCAUCGCAAGACAUGCUCAUCCUGCGUCGUGAUGUACCCGCCUCGCCGAAGAAAACCUGGGGUAGCUUCCUGUCACGUGGCAGCGGGGUGUCAUCUCCUGUCAAGUCUCCGUUCAUGAAGGCUGCGACUGUUCCCUCUCCAUCAAGGUCGCCGGCUCAGCUGAUGUCCGCUGGCAAGUCCCCAGCUACGCGCAGUGUACGUCGACGGUUGCCACUGUCCUUUGACUCGGCGAGUGCAAAGACAUCGUUUGUUCGCAUCGACCCGCCCAAGGAGAAGAAGAAGACCACAGCGGUGCUUACUGACCAUCAGCAGGAGAUGAAAGAGCGAAAGACUGAAAUACCAGCACUGUACAGUCUGCUUGACCAAUCGCAGGAAUCCACGACAAGCAAGUUUGCGGCACAGAAGAGAAAGUCCAGUGCAGAGUCACCGCCUAAGAAGCGUUUGUUCUCCGAAGUCGGUACUCCUGAUCAAGCACGGCUACCGUUUCUUAUGGAUGAGGACACCCAGUUUGAUCUGCCGUUCAGCACCUGUGCAGGCGUUGGUGCCGCAAGCACUGGAUCGAUGCCGGUGGGCUUUGCCACUAACUUUGGUGGCGAUGGUGUUGGUGUGGCCGUGCACAGUACACCGCUGAGCGAUGCCCGUGACAAGCGGCAGGCAGCAGACGCCAUGUUGCUGGUCGUAGACGAUACGUGCGAGGCGCCAGAAGCUGGCGGCGAUUACGUUGGCGCAUCGACAACAGCGGGAAGUACUGGUGCGGUGGCGACUGCAGCUGAUGAGAAAGCAAAGAGUGCGUGCGAGACGAGUCCCCAGAAGCACUCUAGCACGGGAAACACCACACCAGCCAAUGAAACCCCGACGAUUCCCUACCACUCUCUGACUGGCGUCAUCCAGACUCCACAAACUGCGGUCCACGCUCCGGAGACACCAACGAUCCGGUACAUCCCUGCCACGCAGCCUACGGAGAGUCAAGAUGAACCGGAUGUGCCCGCAACGGAUGCCAACACGCUGGCACCGGAGACGCAGCGCUUUGUGUUCGUGGACGAGUCCACUCAGGACCAGAGACUAGACUUACGUGACCAGUCCACUGCACCCACUUCUCCUUCCGCCGCCACCGUUGGUAUGUCUCCUAUUCUGAUGAUGGGUCAGAUGUCACCGAUACCGCACAGGUCCUACCCGUCAAUGGCUGGAGAAGACAGUAACAGCUGCAGGAGUGCCAGUGACGCACCAGCGGCGGCCACCGCUGCUGCUUCAUCCCUCGGCCUAUCGUCCCUCUUCACGUCCACGCCGAGAAAGGUCGACUCCUCGCUCUUCUCCAGUGGUGCUCCGGAGGCGGACAAGACUCGUCGUGACCUCUCGUCGCUAAUUGAAAUUGACGAGUCGUCGCUACCGCCGCCGGCUAAGUGUUCCAGGACGCCUGCUGCCGAGACGGAGCAGGCAGCACCCCCGGCGGCAUCAGCAGCACAGUCCACUGACGGUGGCGCUAUGCCCGCACCGAGCACACCGGCAAAGCCUUCGUCAGCGCUGCACUGCCAGCGGAGCACCGCGUCCGCACGUCUUCUGCGCUCCGGUCGCCGGGUGUCUGCAUCCUCGCCCCCACCGUCUGCCACGGCAUCUCCGCGCAGCAGUGCACGUGUAAAGAAACGCCGCCGCUCGGAUGACGUAGCCCAGCUGACGCAGGAUCACCAUGACAAUGUUGUCGCUAUGCCAGCGGCUGCCGUCGCUGAGAGCAAUGCUACCGACAAUCACGACGUGUCCAUGUUGUUACACGUGACGACUCCCGACACGUCUAUGUUGUUUCUGGACCAGGAGUCCGACUCCAUGCCACCUCCUCCCAGUACUGAACUGCACACGCUGAGCAGCCCACCACCGGAUACGAACGUGUCUUGCACUCGCGGUCAUCCCAACUCGGCCGUCGACACCAACGCCGACACAUCAAUCCUGACUGCCACCGCCAAGUCAUCCAUGGACAGCUCCGCUCCGGAGAGCGUCGGCAAGCGCAAGCGAGGCCGGCAGCGCAAGAACCCCAGCCCUGCCUCGCUCACGGCUCUCAACAACAGCCUCGGCUCCUCCUCUGCCGCUGUCGCGGCGCCAAACUCGGCAUCCGAUAGCGACUCUGUGCCGCCGCUAAGCACACCAGGUAAGUCGGUACCCGUGCGACCGCGCGCGACCCGUCUUGUUAGUCGUCGACGCCUGCACUCCAUUCCCGUCACGCCCAUCACCGUCAUCCCCGAAACGCAAUCCGAAGAUAUGGACGACGCUACAAACGGCUCCAUGGACGCCGAGUCUGUGGCCAUGUUUCACGCAUCAGUGGCUGCCAGCGCUUCACCUGCAUUCCGUCAGAAACAGAUGACGACGCGUGUCAACAACUCUGCUGCCGCUGCUAGUGAUGAUGUCAUUGCUAAUGACGACGUCGUGAACAUGGCGGGUGCGGUCGCUCACGGCAACAGCGCCUUGGACACACCCGUCGACACUUCGGCCAGCAUUAUCUGCGGCAAUCUCUUUGCGGACAUUGCUGACUCUCCUUCGCCUGUGAAGACAAGCGAUGCAAUGCUCAUUCCUGACAGUCUGACCGAGAGCGCGCAGGAAACGCCCAUGGAUGCUGCAGGAACGGACUGCGAGCAAGCCGCCACUGUUCCCGAAAGCAACCAAGACGAGCUGCCGUGCGCAAUAGAAAACGACACCAUGGACGCCGAAUGUCCUAUCGGGACGGCAGGGGAGACGAUGGAAAGCGUCAUACCGCUCGUAACCGACUUGACAAUCAAGAUAGGAGGCGAGGGUGACUGCAGUCCCGUGGUGGCAGCAGUGUUGGUGGAGCAGCAGGACAACGACGGUUGCCUACCCAUCGUGCAGCAGCAGCAACAACAACAGCAGCUCACCCCCGUUCUGAACCUGACGCCGUCCUCGCAAUGUUCGCCAGCGUCUUCAUCAUUCAGCUCGUGCAGUGCGCUGUCUCCGUCGUCCAUCUUGAAAACAUCCACUUCAUCACGGCCAUCUCAUCAACGGCGUGUAACGUUUGACUUACCCGACGAAGUUACCUCGUCUCCGUUAGAUUCACCUCGUCGACUGAGGCGAUUCGGUGGACGACCGCCGAGACGUCUGGACAUGAAGCAAUCCAUGCUACGGCAGCGUGGGUUAAAUGUACCGGAGGCUGCUGUCUACCCGCCGCUUGCUACCAGUGUCGAUCCAGUGGAGAGAAUCCUACCAGCGUUAUCCUCUGGGGGCAGAUCGCGUGGACUGCUUCAGCUGAUGAAGUCUCGUAACAUUCGCACCGUUGGUGAUCUAUCCUGCCUAACCCCGGAGGGGAUUGCUAGCCUGCCUAUCCGUGCGCCCAAAGUCAAGGUUCUCAUACAGGCACUGGAGCUGUUUCACGUCACGCGCUUCUCGCCCGGAUGCACUCCAAGACGGCAACAUGUCAAGCGAACCACUCGCCGUUACAUCGCCUCCGUUGAGAAUAGCCAGGAGGAGGGGGGCAACACGGAUGGUAGCAUGGCAGCCCCGAAAGAUCCCUUACUACUACCUAGCGAUGACCUGGAGUCCAUCCCCAGCUCGGCUGACAACAGCUCUGUGCUGUCAUCGGAGGGCAGUGACCUAGACGCGUCUUUCACGCCGGACGCACUCGUGGGAGACUGCUGCGACACGCACGACACCGCGGCGACCGCCGAUGACGUCAUGAUGUCAUUGGUAUCCAUGGAUGCGCCGCUGGAUGCAGCAGCGCACACCGACGAAGAGGAAUCCAACGAGGACGUUGCUAUGGAUACUGUCCAUCGGGAGGAGUCGGAAAAGCCGCAGGAAACUGCUAUCGAACCUUUGCUUGCAGCGGAAACUCCCGCGAAUGUGGUCGAUACAUGCGAUCCUUCAAGUGCGGAUGACGAUACGCUCAUCGACGAUUGUUCCCCGGGUGGUGAGCAGAUGGACAGCGAUGAACCAGCUACCGAGCAAGAUGUACAGGCGGAUACUGAUGGUCUGUCCACGGGUCAGGAAUCCCUCGCUUCAGACCCCACCACCGACACCCCGACAACAGGGUCGGAAUGGGUAGAGGCAACAAAGCAAGAGCCUGCGAUCACUGGUGACUUGAACAAUGAUGACGACGAUGAUGAUGACGAAACGCAGGAUCCAGGUGCACCGACGGCUGAUGUUGAGCCCGCUGCCAGUAAGCCGGUCGUUACCACCACCUUGGACAGUGGUAACUCGGUACCGGCAUCCUCCGUCAGCACAAUGUCCCAGGAACUGUCGGAAGAGCCCACCCAGCCGUAUUCCUCUAGUCUCAAUGAACCAGCCAACAGGACAAGUAGCAAUAUCACCAUGAUGCUAUGCUCCAACGCACCUGUAGCUCAUCCUGCAGCAGCACCUUCUCCCCAAGCUGUAUCCGAACCUAGCAAAGACAGCCAGCCGGAGAGCGUGCCCGUGGAAAGCAAGGUUGCAGAGGCCACCGCUGAAACUCAGGAUCUGUUCGAUUGCGAUAUUUCUGACGAGUUGGACACGUCCACGGCACUGGAGGAGAUCGAUAGCCUGAUUGCCAUGUCGAGCCAGUGCAGCGCCGCUGAGAUGGAGAUGAGUUGCUCAGAGGAGCAGAAUGGCACUGACGCCGCCGUCAUUGGUGGCUCAGCUGAUGAUGUUGCUGCGGGCGUUCAUGGCGAGCAUGCGAUGGAGGUGCAUGCAGACGGAGACGGUGAUGGCAGCAGCACGCAGUGUUUCGACAGUCAGUUUGAUGUCACUGGUUCUGCGUCCUCAUCUGUAUCCGUUCACCGGCAGCCACAGCAGCUUGUGGACUAUCUCAGCGCCGCUCCUGCUUCUAAAACUGCCGACAGUUCUGCUGCAACGUCACAGGUAUGUACUGAUUCACAGCUGCCGGCCGGACAAGGGCAUACAUCUAGCAAUGGGGCUGCUCCACCGAACACAUCACAGUCCCAGCGUUCUCAGCUUAGCGUCCGACCAGCAUCGCCAAUGUCUAGUUCCACGUCCUCCGGUUCAUCCGUUUAUCAGGACGUUCCCGAGUCGCACUCGGCUCCCGAGGACGUCGACGAUGGCGAUGACGGCGCUGGCAGAGAGGAUGUCCGCGAUGCGUCGUUCUCCUCCAUCAACUCCCUGCCGCGGAGCAGUGAAGCGUGGCAGCAGGCCACCGACCUGUUCAGCACACUGACCACUGAUGAGUUGGAGUCCUGGUCGCCGCGUCACCUCUGUAACCUGCAGGUGCAGCUCAGUCAGCUCAUGGCACGCGUGGCGUACGCAACACGAUCCACUGCGGCCGCAGCAGCCGCCUCUGCUGCAGCAGAUUGCAAGCGUAAGAAGCCCUGAAAACCGGCACGUGGCCUCGACGAAUAUUCAUGGUGUUAAGAGCUGGUAGUAAUUGGUAUGGCUGCAGCGUCAGACUACAAGCACAAAAAGCCAUGAGCACCACAUAGCCCUGGUGAAUAUUCAUGGUUUUGAGAGCUGGCAGUUACUGGUACGGCCACAACGUAUCUUGCGUCAUGCACCCGGCUUUAUUAGUCUGUCACGUCAUCGCUGACACAUCACGGUGCGCUAGUGUGCUUUCCCAGGCGUCGGUGCAGUUGCUAUGUUGUGUGAUACAAGCGUGCUGUGGUAGCGUAUGCUGCCUAGCUACACGGAGAUUGUGUGCGGUUUUGCUACACUGCUGCUGUCUGCGGCGGUGGCUUCAUGUGUUCCUUGCACUGGACGCACGGAUAGAUGGCGUGCCUUGCAUCAGAUGCAAGUAGCAAGCGUGGGGUGACUGCUACACAUUACUGGACUAGACAGUGCAGGAGUGAUGUGAUCUCCAACUGUGAUACGUUUUUCUUCUUCUACGUAUAGAGUUUGUGUGUAUUGUACAUGCAUGGCGGCCCUAGCAAUAUCUAUGUAGCGCUGUGUGCAGCGUUGAUCCCGUGCUGAGCUGCACGUAAUGCAUGACCCUACUAUUUAAGUCUCUUGAGAGCCUGGCAUGGCUUUCAGCACUUGGUUUACGACUUUGAGCGCAGUCUGAGACUGCCCGGAGCGCUCUCAGCAACGCGUUGUGUAGUUAGUGCUGGUCAUGUGUUUUGCUGGUUGCAGCCGUGUGGCUGUGUGUGUGUGUAGCGUGAUGCACGGACAUGACUGUAUGUACAUUCUCUUGUAUUCUGUACCUUACAUAGCGGUAUGUCAGCGUCAUAGCAUCAGUCUUCUUGACGUCAUGCGUAUGCGCGCUGCUGUCGAAAUGUUCUCUUUUGUACAUACUGUAACUGUUAUUAUUAUCGUGCUCAGUCUGGGUCUGCGUACAAAAGCCCUUUUCACCAUCAGCAUGUGUACUAGCUUCCAAUGUGUGUUUGAUACCUCUUCUUUCUCUUACUGUGCUGGUUCCAUUUUGCUCGAUUUUUGUAUUCGCCGCAUUUGACUGUUUUCGCCGCGUUCUCGUCACUUUUCUUUCACGCGGGCGCUCAUCACUUUGCUACCGUUUCCCUACGGCAUCGCACUCCACCUUGGCUGUAUGCCCCUUGUCCACGAUGCCCUCUGCUCCCCAGAAUCCCCCCGCCUUUCUUGUUCCUAUGCCAUGUUCCCAAUCUAUUUUUCAUUUUAUUUUUUUACUCCCCUCUCGACCUGGUUUUUUGGGGGGGGCUUCCUGGUCCGUUGGUCCGGCCCGUUUUCAAGUUUCUCCGUGUACGUGUGGUCGUUCAGGUUGUGCCAUUGUUUUAAAAAUAUGACAUUGUUUUUUUUGCUGGCUGCAAUUUUGAAUACACUG